AUGUUUUUUCGGAUACUGCACAGUAGUAUUCAAGAUUCAAAUUCCAUUGAAUUUGAUGAUAAUGAAACAUCUCAUUCGAGUAAUGCACAAGCAAUGGUACAAGGUGAAUUAAGAACGAAUGGCAAUGAAGUUUCAUCAAAAAAACCUAAACGAGCAAGACAAACUCAUAGUGAAAUAGAACGUCGUCGUCGUGAAAAAAUGAACCGUUAUAUCGAAGAUAUAACACGUCAACUACGAAUUGAACACAAUAAAAGAUUAGACAAAACCACUGUGCUGAGAGCAGCCAUUGAUACGUUAAAAAGUUCAAAAGUUGGUCAAGUUUUCUAUGAUAUUAUCCAUUUGGAUGAUAUUGAACUUGUUAAAGAACAAUUAGAGUUUAAAAAUGGAAUAAAAAAUACGUGUACCAAUGAUAAAAAACAAUUUGUAGUGAUUGAUUUUGUUGGUUAUAUCAAAAGAUUGCCCUUAGCAAUAGCACAAGAUCAGCGACAUAGCAGUAAUGAUAGCAGUGCUAACAGAUUGCCAACAAAUAGUCAGGAUCUGAGCACAUGUCUGCUUGCUGUUGGCUCCAUACCUUCUUCACAACAAGAACAAAAUGACAAUGAAGAGGAUGAGGAUAUUGAAUUAGAAUUAAUAUCAAAGUUAAAUAUGGAAGGAAAGUUUAUUUAUGUUGAACAGACGUGUUAUACAAUAUUCGGAUAUGUUUCUCAAGAACUCAUUGGUUCACCUUUACUUCAGCACAUACAUAUACAUGAUCAAGAAAGCAUAAAAACUUUGUUUAAAAAUGCUUGUAUGAAUGGUCAAAAAUUGAUGAGUGAUAUUUAUCGUUUUUGCUCAAAAGAUGGUAAUUCUUAUGUGAAUAUUCGAACUGUAUUUGAACCAUUCCUAAAUCCAUGGAACAAUAAAAUUGAAAUGGUGAUCGCCAGACAUAUGACAAAACUACAUUCCCGCACUUCAUUCACAAGAAUGGAUACAACAGAAAAUGUCUGCCAAGCAGCCGGAUCUGGAAGUUUUUCGAACUUGACCAAAGAUUCACUAUUAUGA